GAAGUUAUUAAAGAAUUUUAAAAUUAUAUGACUCAUUAUGUAAAUUAACUUUAAAAUUUAAACCGCAAUUUAACAAUAAUGAGGGUUCUAAAUAAUCACUGCCUCUUUAUUUGUAUCCCUAUCCAGUAUAAAAUACAAAUCAGGGAGGAGUAACCAACCAUAUCUUUCCUAUUUCCAGAAGUGAUUUAUAAUUGGUUGCACCCCACACAUGGAGUAGUAAGCAGGUUGGAAGGACAUUUUUUUAAUCAUGUAUUAAACUCUUAAUAAAUAAAAAAUGCUGUCAUUUUCGUUAUUAACAUAGCUAGUUAAAAUUUUUUCAUUUUUAGCUAGAUGUGCCUUAUGAUUUUAUUUGCUGUUUAUCUUUGGUUAAUACAAAUUUUUUUAUCAGUUAUCUCAAAAUGGCUAUGUUACAUUGAAAUUAUCAAGAUGCAACACCCAAGGUACUUUGAUAACACUCUCUCUGAUCAGGAGGAUUCUGAUGUAUUAGUGUCAUCACAAAGAAAUUAUGUUUCAACUCUUUUACAAAUUAUCAGCAAAAACAGUCCUGCUACACCUGAAAAUUGUGAAGGAGGUCUUUAUGUUGGGGCAGCUGGAAUCGCUUAUGCUUUUUAUCAUGUUGCUCAAACAGGUGAUGAUAAAAAAUCAGAGUAUCUAUUAGCUGCAGAGAAGUAUGCCAAGGUCAGUUUAAACGAGAUUAAAAAGAUGGACCCAAGUAGAAAUGGAAUAGGGGCAUCAUUACUUCUUGGUCAUCUUGGGGUGUAUGCAGUUAGUAUCAUGGUGUGUGAUGCUUUAGGUCUUCAUAAUCAAUGUAAUGAAAGUAUUCAAGAGUUUCUUAGUAUGCAAAAAUAUUGUGAACCAAUUCAAUUUUUUAAGCAUGGAUCUGAUGAGUUGUUUGUAGGUAGGGCAGGGUAUCUAGCUGCUGCGUACACUAUCAAUAAACAUUUACGCAGAAUGGUAGUGUCAAAUGACAUGAUUCAAGUUUUGUGCAGUGUGAUAAUCGAAAGUGGCAGACGAAUGUCUCAAUAUUUCCACCACGAAUGUCCACUUUUAUAUUCUUAUUAUGAAACAGAGUAUCUUGGUGCUGGGCAUGGUUUAGCUUCUAUACUUUUAAUGCUUCUGAAUUUUCCACCAUGUUAUGUGGCAAAACAUGAUAUUGAAAAAGAUAUAAAAAUGUCAGUGGAUUAUCUUCUUCGUUGUGAAGAAAACGGUAAUUACCCACCAGUUGCCAAUGAAACUCGAGAUGACUGGAACGAGCUUAUUCAUUGGUGUCACGGUGCUCCAGGUGUUAUUUAUCUUUUGGUAAAAUCUUAUAUGAUUUGGAAAGAACAAAAGUACUUAGAUGCUGCUUUACGCUGUGGAGAAGUUAUUUGGGCAAAAGGAUUGCUUAGGAAGGGUCCUGGUUUGUGUCAUGGAAUUGCUGGAAACGGUUACGCUUUUCUUCUACUUUUUCGAUUAACUCGCGAUGAGAAGUAUUUACGACGAGCACGACAAUUUGCUGCUUUUAUGCAAACCGAAGAGUUUAAAUCAAACUCUAGAGUUCCAGAUGCUCCUUAUAGUCUUUUUGAAGGGAUUGCAGGAACAGCUUGUUUCUUAUCUGAUCUCGCUAAACCUGAUGACGCUCAUUUUCCAUUUAUGGAAAUUCAUGAGCUAUAACAUUUUUUUUGUUCUUUAUAUUUUUUAAAUAAAUUUAUGCUCUUUAUAUAAAUUUAUAUUCUGUAUACACUUUAUGUUCAUUAAAUAUAUCCAUCACUACAGUUUUUAA